CGGAGAAGGAGGAGGGAAAGGAGGAGGAGGAGGAGGCGGAGGAGGAGGAGGUGGCUGCUGCGGCCGCCGUGGAGUCCCUUGCUGAAGGCGGACCGUGGGGCGGCGGGCGGCGCGCGCGCGCCCGAGAGGCGGCUGUUGGAGAAGUGGAGCGGCGGUCGCGGGGGGAGGAGGAGGAGGGACUGAGCGGCGGCGGCCCCCGCGUCCCGGUGCCUCUAUGGGGGAAGCAGACAAUGGAUUAUGAUUUCAAGGCGAAGCUGGCGGCGGAGCGGGAGCGGGUGGAGGAUUUGUUUGAGUACGAAGGGUGCAAAGUGGGACGCGGCACCUACGGGCACGUCUACAAGGCGAGGCGGAAAGAUGGAAAAGAUGAAAAGGAGUAUGCAUUGAAGCAAAUUGAAGGCACAGGAAUAUCCAUGUCGGCUUGUAGAGAGAUUGCACUUUUGCGAGAGUUGAAGCAUCCGAAUGUGAUCGCCUUGCAGAAGGUGUUCCUGUCUCACAGUGACAGGAAGGUGUGGCUGCUGUUUGACUAUGCAGAACAUGACUUGUGGCAUAUUAUUAAGUUUCACCGUGCAUCAAAAGCAAAUAAAAAGCCAAUGCAGUUGCCAAGAUCCAUGGUUAAAUCAUUACUUUACCAGAUUCUUGACGGUAUUCAUUACCUCCAUGCAAAUUGGGUGCUUCACAGAGAUCUGAAACCAGCCAAUAUCCUAGUAAUGGGAGAAGGUCCUGAGAGGGGGAGAGUCAAAAUAGCUGACAUGGGUUUUGCCAGGUUGUUCAAUUCCCCUCUAAAGCCACUAGCAGAUUUGGAUCCUGUAGUUGUGACAUUUUGGUAUCGGGCUCCAGAACUUUUGCUUGGUGCGAGACAUUAUACAAAGGCAAUUGAUAUAUGGGCAAUAGGUUGCAUAUUUGCUGAAUUGUUGACUUCAGAACCCAUUUUUCAUUGUCGUCAGGAAGAUAUAAAAACAAGCAAUCCUUUUCAUCAUGAUCAACUUGAUCGGAUAUUUAGUGUCAUGGGGUUUCCUGCAGAUAAAGACUGGGAAGAUAUUAGAAAGAUGCCGGAGUACCCCACACUUCAGAAAGACUUUAGAAGAACAACGUACGCCAACAGUAGCCUCAUAAAGUACAUGGAGAAGCACAAGGUCAAGCCCGACAGCAAAGUGUUCCUCUUGCUUCAGAAACUGCUUACAAUGGAUCCAACCAAGAGAAUUACCUCAGAGCAGGCUCUGCAGGACCCCUAUUUCCAGGAGGACCCUUUGCCAACGUUAGAUGUGUUUGCUGGCUGCCAGAUCCCUUACCCCAAACGAGAAUUUCUUAAUGAAGACGAACCUGAAGAGAAAGGUGACAAGAAUCAGCAACAGCAGCAGAACCAGCAUCAGCAGCCCCCCGCGCCCCCCCAGCAGGCCGCCGCCCCUCCGCCAGCACCCCCGCCGCCGCAGAACAGCACGCAGACCAACGGGACCGCAGGAGCGGCGGGCGCGGCGGCCGGGGGCGCGGGGCCGGGGCUGCAGCACAGUCAGGACGCGGGCCUUCCCCAGGUGCCUCCCAACAAGAAGCCGCGCCUGGGAGCCUCCGGCGCCAACUCGGGCGGGCCGGUUCUGUCGUCAGAUUAUCAGCACUCCAGUUCUCGCCUGAAUUACCAAAGCAGCGUUCAGGGGUCCUCUCAGUCCCAGGCCACACUAGGCUACUCCUCCUCCUCCCAGCAGAGCUCCCAAUACCACCCAUCUCACCGCUACUGACCAGCCGCUGUCCAGAGCACAGACUGGAGCAAUGCGUCUGCCCGGAGAAGCUGCUGGAAAUGCCAGCUGUGGUGCUGUGUAGACCCAUCCAGCUGAGAGAAAAGCUGCACAUGCUGAGCAUUUGGCAGGACCAACCCAUGACGUUUCUUCUUUACUGACUGAAAGAAGAUGCUUGUGAAGUUUCCCCGAGACCCUUCCCCUGCAUGUACUUCCAUUGUGACUCUUCUGAUAAAACAUCAGAUCUAAUCCCAGCACUUAACUCUUGUAACCUUCAGCAUUUUUUUUGAAGGACUUCCUGGUGCACCUUUCUCAUGCUGUAGCAAUCACUAUGAUUUAUCUUUUCAAAGCUCUUUUAAUAGGAUUUUAAUGUUUUAGGAACAGGACUCCAGUGGUGUAUAGUUUUCUACUCAGUAAACGGACUUAGCAACACAGGUAAAAAAAAAAAAUGCACCUUUUAAAGCACUACGUUGUUUUCACAGUGUAGGACUGUUUUGCUCAUGGAAAUCUUAAAAAGAAACUAUUACUGUCCCAAAGUACUUUACUAUUAUGUUUUUAUUUAUCUAGAUUCAGGGAAGGUCUAAUAAAAAGACACGUGGUGGGACAGAGGGCACCUACAACCAAAAACAGCCUAGAUCUUUGCAGUUUCUAUGCUUUAGGUUUUGAAGAACGUGGUAAUUUUCACAGAACCAUCAUCGUGGAACUGAGUUCCCUUUCUCAUUCUGAAUAGUAUUUAGUAAUUAAGAUGUAUGAUUUUUAACCUUCUUGUAGCGGGGUCUACCUUAAAAAAAGGGUUGCAGAGCUUUGAUGAAAUACAGCCCUCUGGCGACUUGCACCAGAAAGCUGAAUAGAAUAUUAACUGCACUAGGAUUUUUUUUGAAGGAGUAAUGUUCAUCAAAGGAUGUGUUACUUCCCUUUGAAGGAAAAGUUUUUAGUGUGUAUUGUACAUAAAAUUGGCUUCUUCACAUCUGGGUCAGCUACCAUAAUCUAGGGUACUCAAAUUAGAAGCCUGCAAAUUUGUCUGCUUUUAAAAUAAAGAGCAGUGUUUUCCAUACCACAUUAGACAUAAAGUGACUAUUUUUUAAAGCAUGUUAAAAAUUUAGGUUUUAUUCAUGUUUAAAGUGUGUAUAAUUUUACUGUUGUUACUGAAACUUAAUUCUAUCAAGAAUCUUUUCAUUGCACUGAAUGCUUUCUUUUGCCCCUCGGUGAAAUCUUGAUAAUUGUGCCUAAAAAAAUAUGGGCAAAUAGUAUAAGGCUAUACUAGAGAAAGUGCAUUUUUGCAUCUCCAUGAUCUAUGAAUUAGAGGCCAAGUUCUUUCUUAGCCAGUUUAGGGAACCGCCUCAUCUCCCCGAGUCACAAGGAAGUGCAGCGACUUAAACUCCCAUUGUGAUACUAGGGGCAAGAAAUUUGUGUUCUUCCGAUUAAAUGCUACUAGCAGCACCAGCCUUGUUUUAAACGUUUUUCUUGAUCUAGAAGUAAUAGCUGAUUGUUGUAUAUGCAAGCUAUGUGCAUUUUUUUUAAUUUUUACUAUUCUUUGUGAACUUAUCUACCUGGUUAUGAUACUCUUUGUCCAUACACAAGUAAAGUAAAAUUUUAGAAGCCAGUAUACAUUUUGCACUAUUGAUGUGAUCCUGUAGCCAGCAAGGGCCUUACUGAAUCUCAGCUUAAUAAUAAUACUUAAUUAAUAUCAUAGACUCUACUAUGAUACUCAGUGACACCGGGUAUGAAACAGGUGAUGUGCUCCCAGGAAAGGAAUUUCUCGUUCCCAUAGUGUUACUCCCCUUCUAUUUAAAAAACAAAAAGACUAAUAGUUCCUCUGUGAUAUAAUGAUUUAUAUAAAGUUUUGUCCUGAGGCCUCAUUGUCUAGGUGCUCACUGCAGCCUCACCAGGUGCCCAAUUUCAUGCUGGGUCACAGACAUAAGAGGUAAGAUGUACUUCCUGUCCUUAUAUCACAGUGGGUGCUAUAAGGGAUGUCUGUGCCAUGUAAUUGGCUUUGAAGUGAAACUGCCUUAGACUCUGAGGGUCCUUUUGUUCAGCUCCAAGCCUACUAAAUUAUUCCCUAUUCUUUUCUAUAAUGAGCAGUUCUGGAGAGAUGUUUUUCAUGUAUUGCUACUUUCAAGGAAGUUGGCAACUAAACAUCACAACAGGCAUCAAUGUUAAAGUGUUCAUAGGAACUCUUAACAGCAAUUGGAUAGUAGAACUUUUAACAACAACUAGCUAUUCUACCCUUGUAGGGAGAAUUUGCUAGGUGGUUCUGGGACUUGAACAGUAUAAACAGAAGCUCUAUUCUUCCCCUCCAGAAGAACUUAGAUUUAAUAAAGACAAGCCCAAAUAUCUGCAUAAACCAAAAUACCAUGCCCCUUAAUACUUUUUAAGCAAUUUUGAUAAACAGUUUAUAGGCUGCUUACAUUGUAUAUAGUGAAUUUUACUGGGAGAACUGAUACAGAAACUGUAAGGGGGUUAUUAGUUACUCCCAGUACACACUGUUCUCUAGGAUAAAGCCAACCAGAAUCCCCAUCACACUCACGACUGUUUCUGCUCACCAUGCCAGUACUGGUCUUUUCCUCCUGUUUUCUUGCCUGAGAGAUGCCCAUUAUCAAAUAAAUUUUGGGAGGUUGGUAAUUUCCUUUUCUCUGUGAAGGGGAACCAAUCCUUUAAAACACUCAAGGGUCCUAAAACUACAGGACUUCAAAGGAAACCUUUGAAACUCCUUGAGGUUAAGAUGUACCUUUGCGCAGAUAACCACAUUCCUCUUUGAAAAUUGAUGGCUGAGUCAGGGAUCUGGCUCAGGGGCAAAGCACUGACCCUGCACAUGUGAGAACAAUCUCUAGCAUAUAUCCCCUUCCCCCUACAAAAAAGGAAGACUGGUGGCUGUCAUGUUCCCCAAGAAUGUUGGGGCAUACCCCUUGACAAAUGGAAAUACCCAAAUCAGGGGAGAUGAUUGGAAAGGAGGGAAGGAGUCGACAUACAGGUUUUCUGCUCUCCAGAGAACAGCUUUAAAAAUCAGUUCUUAUUUUGUUAGCUUUCUGGUGAGUUGUGUGUUUGGAAAAGGGGCUCUACAUGUACAGGAGAGCUGAGUUCAAGGGUAAGGUAAACCUGGCAGCAGGGCUAACACUGAGGCUGGAACAAUCCUUGUGAUGAAGUAGAUCGUGCAGUGACAUACAGAAACCAAGGACAUGUAUAUUUUUAUAUCUGUGUGAUUUUAAAACUUUAGUACUUAGGAUUUUGACCUUCUGCACUACUCUUUUGCUCUUAUAAAUGUAAUUUACUCAUAAGAUUGGAAAGGGAUGACAUUUACUUAUAUGCUUACUGCCUCAUUCCUGGGGAAGCAAGUGCUAGUUGUAUGCCUCUAAAAUGAUGCUGUUUUCUCUACUAAAUGUAAAAGAAAAGAAAGAAUAGUUGACGAAUGAAACUUGAAGCAUAAUCUGCUUUGAAUAUAUGUUUUGUAGCAGAAAGUGUACAGUGAAGGAAGAAUACAAUGAAAGUUUCAAAUCAGCUAUGGCCAUAGUGUUCCUUGGGAAUGGAGAAAGGCAGUGAAGUGGUAGUUAGACUAAGGAGACUUGAAGGAUUCAACUUUAAGUAAUAUUUUAUAAAAUCAUAGCAGUUUAGGUCCUCAUAAACUUCAAUAGUCACAGAUACCAUAAAGCAAAGUUCAUUGUUUUAGGAUUUUUUAAAAAAAUGUGUUGUACCUAAGGCCAUACUUACUCUUCUAUGCUAUCACUGCAAAGGAGUGAUAUGUAUGUAUUAUAUGAAAAAAAAAUCCUUAAUGCACUGUUAUCUCCUAAAUAUUUAGUAAAUUAAUGCUAUUUAAUUUUUUUAAAGAUUUGUCUGUGUAGACACUAAAGUAUUACACAAAAUCUGGACUGAAAAUGUCCUUUUUAACAACAGCUUAAAGUACUUUUUAUAUGUUAUGUAGUAUAUUCUUUCUAAACGGCCUAGUUUGUAUUCCCAUAUUUCCUAUUUGUGAAGUGUGCCUGUCUUUUGUCUCUUUUUCCAGCCAUGUUCUGCACGCAUCCUUCUUUAUAUUAUAGAGAUGAUCAUGUAUGCUUUCCACACGCUCAGAGGUGUGUUCUCAGAGCCACCUGGACCCCCAUGUGUUCUGCUCUGUGGGGUGCAGGACGAGCUGCCGCUUUGGAGCUGAGUGUCUCGCUUUUGAGGUGUCCUGAUAUCCUUCUUGAAAUGACUGUUAAAACUAAAUAAAUUACAUUGCAUUUAUUUUAUAUUCUUGGUUGUAAUAAAAUUUAAUUGAAUUUG